AUGGGUGAUGAUUAUCAAGACUUAAGUAUAAAAGAAGAAGGAAAUUGGUUAUGUGCUGAAGGCUUGAGAAAGACCAAGGGACAGGAGUCAGUUUUUGGCUUAAUUUCCUACAAAGGAAAUUUGUACCAGUGGAGACCAGUAUGUUCACCAGAACACUUGGUGGCUGCAGCCUGUUACUCAAACCCUAGUCUGACUGCCCUCUGGAGCUUGCUGGAUUCCAAAAUUGAGGACCCCUGGGGUAGAGGUUCUGUGGAUGGAUAUGUUCCAAGUCAAGAUGGCAGAAGUGGAGCAGAAAAAGCAGCGAAGCAGAAGAAGCAGACCUUCUGCAAGUUCACCUCCUGCGGCGUGCACCCCGACCUGCUGCGGGACUUGUCACGCGAGCAGCGAAUGAAGCUGUACUGUGGCCUAUGGCAGAACCAGCACUCGCUGCUGAAGGGCCUGUGUAAGGUCAAGAAGUGGGCACUGCCUAUGCAGAAGCCAGAGGUGGUGAACGCGCACCUGCAGGACAUGAUCAUCCUGCCCGAGAUGGGAGACAAGAUGGUGGAUAGCAUGGUGGGCGUCUACAACGGCAAAGCCUUCAACCAAGUGGAGGGCAAGCCCGAGAGGAUUGGCCAUUACUCGACCACCUACAAGCUUGUGAAGCACGCCCGGCCAGGCAUCAGAACCACCCACUCUUCCCGCUUCACCGCCCUCAAGGAGUCUGCUCAGCCAAUAAAGGCACACACAUUUCUUAAAUUAAAAAAAAUAAAUAAAUAA